AAAAUAAAAUUUGUGAAAAAAAAUUAACUUCUUUUCUUCGCCACACCCUGUUUCGUGAAGCACAGUGCAUCAUCAUCAAGAUCUCUCUCUUUCUCUCUCUAACACACAUUCUCUAUCUCUCUCUAAAAUCGAAGAUGAGCAAGGGACCGGGUCUCUACUCCGAUAUCGGCAAGAAAGCCAAAGAUCUUUUGACAAAGGACUAUAACUCCGAUCAGAAGCUUACUGUUUCAUCAUACAGCACCACUGGAGUUGCACUCACUUCAACUGCUUUGAAGAAAGGAGGACUCUCAACUGGGGAUGUGGCAGGACAAUACAAGUAUAAGAACACCCUUAUUGAUGUCAAAAUUGAGACAGCGUCAAUUAUCAAUACAACCCUCACAUUCACUGACCUUUUUCCAUCCACAAAGACGAUAGCUUCAAUUAAGCUGCCUGAUUAUAGUUCUGGCAAGUUAGAGGUUCAAUACUUCCACGACCAUGCUACCUUAACCUCAGUCGCUACACUGAAGCAAUCCCCUAUCUUUGAUGUUUCUGCCACUGUUGGUUCUCCAACCCUUGCAUUUGGUGCUGAGGCAGGCUAUGAUACUAAAUCCGGUAGUUUUACUAAAUACAACACUGGGAUUAGUUUCACGAAAUUGGAUUCAUCUGCAUCAGUAAUCAUUGGCGACAAGGGUGACAGCAUUAAAGUAUCAUACCUCCACCAUCUAGACCAAAUCAAGAAGAGUGCUGCUGUUGUGGAUAUUACCCGAAGGUUUUCAACAAAUCAGAACACUAUUACGGUUGGAGGGUCUUUUGCUGUUGACCCUCUGACACAGAUCAAAGCUAGGUUCAACAAUCAAGGAAAGGUUGGGGGACUCCUACAGCACGAGCUCUUCCCAAAGUCAGUGCUGACUAUUUCUGGUGAGGUCGAUACCAAGGCCCUGGAGAAAAAACCCAAGUUUGGGUUGGCCAUUGCUCUCAAACCUUGAAGUUUUCCUUUAUUUUUAAAACUUGUGAUUUGAAAUCUAAACUCUAUUCAAUACUCCAUUUUUUUGGUGGCCCUUGAAGGGAGGGUAGAAUAAUAAGUUCCACAGAUGAGCGUUUCUAGGUUCUUUCUGAUUGGAUGAAUCAUUUCAAUAACUUGAAUCAACCUAUGGCUUCCGUUUCCCAUUUUUGAUUAAAUUUCCUGCUUUGCUUCUUACAUUGUAGUAGACAUUCUGAUAUAUGGAAGUCUUGUUCUCCGAGAGGAUCCUUAUCAACUGUGUUUUACCUUUAA